AACGCGGAAUGGCCCUCGGGGGCGGUGAGGGGCCGGGGGCCCGCCUCAUCCGUGCCCCCCAGCCUGCAGGCUGCAGCGCCGCGCCGGGUCCGCGUGCAGCCCCCUCCCGCCCCUCGGCUGGGGCCCCGGCGUGAGCCCCGCGCCCCGCGCCCACAUGGGGCUGUGCCACAGCCUCCGGCCGCUGCUCUUCGGGGACCCGGAGCCGCCCUUGGAGGGGGCGCGGUCCGGCCCAGACCAGACCCCGGACCCGGACCUGACCCCGGUCCCGACCCCGGUCCGGACCCCGGCGGGGGCAGGCGCGGCGCGGACCCCCGCGCAGAAAGAAAGGCGGCGGCGCGCGGACCAGCAGCGCGCGGAGGAGCGCGAGGCCAGGCGGGUCAGCAAGAGCAUCGACCGCCGGCUCCGCGAGCAGAAGCGCGACCUGCGGCGGACUCACCGGCUGCUGCUGCUCGGGGCUGGUGAGUCUGGGAAAAGCACUAUCGUCAAACAAAUGAGGAUCCUGCACGUCAAUGGAUUUAAUCCCGAGGAGAAGAAACAGAAAAUUCUGGACAUCCGGAAAAACGUUAAGGAUGCUAUUGUGACAAUUGUUUCGGCGAUGAGUACUAUAAUUCCCCCAGUUCCACUGGCCAACCCAGAAAACCAGUUUCGAUCAGACUAUAUCAAGAGCAUAGCCCCCAUCACUGACUUUGAAUAUUCCCAGGAAUUCUUCGAUCACGUGAAGAAGCUCUGGGAUGACGAAGGUGUGAAGGCCUGCUUCGAGAGGUCCAAUGAGUACCAGCUCAUAGACUGCGCCCAAUACUUCCUGGAGAGAAUUGACAGCGUCAGCCUGGUGGACUACACGCCCACGGACCAGGACCUCCUCAGGUGCAGAGUUCUGACGUCAGGGAUUUUCGAGACACGAUUCCAAGUGGACAAAGUCAACUUCCACAUGUUUGAUGUCGGAGGCCAGAGGGACGAGAGAAGAAAAUGGAUCCAGUGCUUCAACGACGUCACCGCCAUCAUCUACGUGGCCGCCUGCAGCAGCUACAACAUGGUGAUCCGGGAAGAUAACAAUACCAACCGCCUGCGGGAGUCCCUGGACCUUUUCGAGAGCAUCUGGAACAACAGGUGGUUACGGACAAUUUCCAUCAUCUUGUUCUUGAACAAACAGGAUAUGCUGGCAGAAAAAGUCUUGGCAGGGAAAUCAAAAAUUGAAGACUAUUUCCCAGAGUAUGCAAAUUAUACUGUUCCUGAAGACGCGACACCAGAUGCGGGAGAAGAUCCCAAAGUCACAAGAGCUAAGUUCUUCAUCCGGGAUCUGUUCUUGCGCAUCAGCACGGCCACGGGCGACGGCAAGCACUACUGCUACCCGCACUUCACGUGUGCCGUGGACACGGAGAACAUCCGCCGCGUCUUCAACGACUGCAGGGACAUCAUCCAGCGGAUGCACCUCAAGCAGUAUGAGCUCCUGUGAACCCCCAACCCCGCCCCGCGUCCCAGGGCCGCCCGGCACAGAGCAGCGAGUCCCCGUCCAUUGUGCGGGCUCUCGUGACCGCUGGGCCCCCGGCCACCUCUGCCCCCACCUCCCCGCCCCGGUCUGUGUGGGGGUGGGGGGGCCCCGACUCGUGGAGAACUUGGCAGAUGGGGAGACGCACUGGCCCAAGCGCGACCGGGCGUCGCCCUUCCGACCCCAUGGGCCCACGACUCAGAGGAGCCCCCGACCCACAGUGGGGACAGAACCCCCUUCAGUCCUGUCUCCAGGGGCGGCUGGCCUCAGCCUCUGUGUCAGAGCCCCUCUGACCGUCCACACAUCAGCAGAAACCCCCCCCCUUGCUCUGGCCACAUGUGUCCCGUCCACGAUGGUCCCCAGACUCACGCUGCUCAGGCAACGGCCUCCUUUCAUAGGUUCUUUUUGUUGUUUUAUUGCUGGUUUAUUACACUGUACAGACCACGAAAUGUAAUAUUAUUUUGUAUAACUACUCAAGGAAAAUCCCUGUAGAUCUCCGUGCCUUGACUAUGGCUGUCCCUGUAAAAGAAACGUGUUUCUGUUGUGCUGAACAGCUAUCAUCAUACUGCCGCUUGCUCUGAGAAAGGGAGUGAAUGGUGUAUAGAGAGUUUAGGGUAUUUUAUCAGGUUGGUACUUUUUAACAAUACUCCUUGAUAAAUAUAUAUAUAUAUAUAUAUAUAUAAAUUUAUAUAAAUAUAAAUGAUACACGUUAAUCAUCCACAUCUCACAAAAUGCCACACCCACAUCACAAGCUUCUUUCAGGGAACCAAGGAUGUUUUUUCUCUCCAGAAAACAUGUUUCUCAAUUAUCUGGCAAUUUAAAGACUUUUCCAAGGUCACCCAUUCCCUUAGUCAAAGUUUUUGAACCACUUACUUGACCACAGGUCUCAUCGUAAACAAAGAGCGAGAAAAAGACAAGGGUUCCAGACUUGUCUGGCCUUGGAGAAUCAAAGGAUAGAACGUGAUUUGCCUUUUGAAGAAGAAACAUUACAAAACCUUUAUCUGAAAUACAAAGUCAAAAUACAUGGCUGUUUCUCAACCUUGAAAGACUUGCAAAUGCAGCCUCAUGAGUUACAUCCAGCUCAAGACCUCGAAAGCCGGUUCUCUCUGUCUAUCCAUGGCCUUGAGGGCGGUUUUCUCAGGUCAAAGACAAUCUUUUAAAUUGUCCAAGGUUAUAUUUCAAUGACACAAAUGCAGAGAUGGGGCAGCCUAGCCUGCGUUACUGCAUUAACUUCCAUUUCGUCUUUUAGUCUUUAAUAUUUUUAAGUUUACUCUUUAAAGCAGCAUCUUAUAAUCCUUUGUAAACUCAUCCACAUUUAAAUACUGCUCUUCCAUGAAAUAAAGGAUGACAACUUUACAGACAAUGCACCAUCACAUUUUUUUUAUUUCAUUAUCAUCGAAUUCCUGUU